UCUCUAUCUCUCUCUUUUUUUCCUCCCAACACAUCAUCGUCACAAUUAUCAACAUCACUGUUGAUUCGUCUCGAAUCAUCGUGAGCUAGACCCGCGCGAAGGGACUAAUAAAAGAUUUUUUUGACCACGUUGGUUUAAUACCGUGUGUCUCGAAUGUUGGACGACGUCGACGGCGUCGUCGAAGCUUGCGAUACAUAUACGUACAUACCCCUCGACGGUGCGACAUGUCGUCUUGUGUGACAUUUCGCACCUGUCUGCGUCGCUUUCGCAACAGAGGAAAUGGAUAGAGUUGAAGUUUACGAAAGAGAUUCUUAUUACAUUCUCAUGAUGUCUAUGCAACAGUACUGUUUGCGGUGGAACAAUCAUCAGCCGAACUUCAUCUCAGUUUUCUCCAACUUACUAAAUAAUGAGACUCUAGUGGAUGUUACUCUUGCUGCAGAAGGCAGGCAAAUUCAGGCUCACAAAGUUGUACUGUCAGCAUGCAGUACAUAUUUUCAGUCGCUCUUUACGGUGAAUCCUUGUCAGCACCCUAUCGUUAUACUUAAGGACAUCAAGUUUUCGGACCUCAAGAUUAUGGUAGACUUUAUGUACUAUGGAGAAGUAAACAUAUCUCAAGAUCAAUUACCGUCUAUCAUAAAGACGGCAGAAAGCUUAAAGAUAAAAGGACUUGCAGAAAUGCAUACAGCGUCAUUAACUAAAUGGCCAAGUGGAAGUAGCGAAACAGGUGGAGGGGAUCGUGGCGAAUCCUGCUCACCCAGUCCAUCUCCAUUGUCUCCUUCUUUUCGUAGAAAAAGGUUACGAAAGUCUUCUACUGGCUCAACCUCUGGUUCUGGCGACAGGCCGGAAGAAAUCAAUGAAAUAACACUAGUGGCUACUAACAUUGUAAAACCUGAACCCCUAAUUGCAUCACAAGAAAGUGGAGAGAAUAUAAGGCGACCAGUAAAUACCAGCACAGAAUCCCAAGGCAGUAUCGAUGAAGAUCAAAUAUCAAUUAUGAGUAAUAUGGAAACUAGUUCUACCAAUACACCAGCCCAAAGUGAUGGUUCUAUUCAAGAUGUAAGUCAACAGUCGACAGGAGGAAACAUUGCACAAAGUUCUGUCUCUUCACAACCACCCUCUCAUCAAGGAUUACAAUGGACUAUUAUGGAGCACACAUAUCAUCCGACACGUUUCGCUCUGUCCUCGUGUCAAACGAAUCUGUCGAUCCAAGCGUCAUCGGCGUUCACGACGCCCGAAAUAACAGCAUCCUCGACCAUCAGCGAUCAGUACUCUGGUACCAGCACGACUGGUUCCAGUUGCGCCCUGACGAACUAUCCAAACUCCUCCCACGGGACAUUGCAGCAUGCGUCGUCAUCGUCGGGCGGCCCCUCGCCAUCGGCGCAGUGUCUGAGUAACUGCCAGAGUCCGUGCGCCAGCCCGCAGACUGCGAUUAAGAGGAAACGAUCGACUAAUCCGCAAGCGGAUGAGAACUUUAUACGCGCGCUCGACGCCGUACGUUAUGGCGGCAUAGGGUUUUGCAAGGCGGCGAGGAUGUACGGCGUGAACAACCGAACACUCUGGCUCGAGUACAAGAAGCGCGGUUACCCGAACAAUCGGCCCAGUCUCAAGUCUCGCGUUAAGCAAGAAGUUAACUCCUCGCCGCCGCCACCGCCGCAGUCGCAAGCGCCUCCGGCGCAACCCAUGAACUCAUCGCAAAGCCCGACUCCCAUGGGCCCGCCCACGACUCCGCACAGCACGCACAACACACAUAGCACGCACACUAUGCUGACCAGCCACAGUCCCCACACGAUGCUGAGCGGUUACAUUGAUAGGCAUACGGACUAUGUACUAAAGUACUUAUUUAUUAUUAUAGCUCUUCAUAGCAAGACACAAGGAGUAACGAAGAGGACUCGGCUGCUGAUUAGACAACCGCGAGUGAAGAAGGAGCCGAGUCACCUGUCGCCGGAUGGCGAGGCGAGCUCCUCUCCUCACAUUGUCUCGACCUCCGUUCAUCUCGCCGCGUCGACACUGAAUCUACCUCAUGCGUCGAGGAGCUUCGAGGAGUCGCGGAUAUCGCCACCGCCACACACCAUGCUGGUCAAUCAACCAAAUCUGCUGACGGUGACGACGACGUCGUCAAACUUGUUGACGGUACCCCAGCCGUCUUACCUGACCAAACAACACUCGCAUCCAUUGCUGUCCAGUCAGCAACCGAGCACGUCUGGGACUUACUGGAUACACCGGCAGCAUUCGCAUCCGGAACUGCCUGGUAGGACCACGAGUCCGUCGAUAGUGAUUGAGCCGGCGCCCAUCCUCAAGACGGAGGAAGAGGGAUGCGAGGAAACCUCGACUCCGACUACUCCCUCUGAGCUGGGAAUUAGCGGCGGCAUUUCCACCGGAUUAAGAGUGAGGACGACGGAGUUGCGGCGGACUUCCUCAUCGCCGCAGACGAGCAGUAGCAGCAGAGAGUCUCGUGAGAAUACGGGGGAUCAACGAUUAGGUCACUGUCCGGUAUUACGUCAGGGUCCUGCCUUAGGUUGCAAUCAUUGCUGGAACACGAUAGACGAUCACGGCAGAAUACUCCGUAGGAAGACCAAGUAUCACUGUCCCGAAUGUCAGAUUAAUUUGUGCAUCGUACCCUGCUUCCAAGAGUAUCACGAGCAGCGGCGCGAAUUGAUUUCCAAACUGAAACCCUUACCAAAAACUAGCUCCGUUUAACUCUUUCCUAUUUAUUAUGUACUAUUAAAGUACGUAGAGUACAAUGUACCUUGUUUUAUAAAUAAUCGUUACUUAUCGGAUUAUGUGUUGAGCACGCGCUUUAAAUGUGUGAAGGUUUUUGACGUGACGAAGUAACGAGUCCAUCAUUAACGUGUAACAUGUGACAUUACCAGUUCAUCCUGUACCACGAUUGAUGUGAAUCAUGAAACUUGUAUCAACUAGUACAAAGACUUCUCAUGACUUCAUAUAUUUUCGUAAUACAUUUACAGCGUCUAUGUAAUUGUUAAAGUAGUCAAAUUAUCGCAGAUCGAUCAUAUUGACGAUGAUGAUAUUGCAUGUUUAUAAUUGUGGAUAUCGAAUUUUUGUUUCUUUCUUAUUAUUAUGCCUUUUAGCAACAUUGUUAUUCUUAGCGCAGUUUUAUUUUUUAUAUAUAUAUUUAUAUU